AUGAGAAUGGUGGCAGGGAAGAGGUACUAUGGGGAAGAUGUGAAAGACGUGGAAGAAGCAAGGGAAUUCAGGGAGCUAGUGAGUGAGGUAAUAAAGAUGUCCGGGGCAUCGAAUCCAGGAGAAUUUGUGGCGGUUUUGAGGUGGAUUGAUUAUGGGGGUUUGGAGAAGAAGUUGAAGGGAUUUGCCAAGAGAACAGAUGUGUUCAUGCAAGGACUAAUUGACGAGGCUAGGAAUAAGGACGAGGAAGGGGAAAAAACCAUGAUCAAUCAUCUGCUUUCUUUGCAAAAAUCACAACUGGAAUACUACACCGACCAAAUUAUCAAAGGGCUUAUGUUGGUCUUGAUACUUGCAAGAACUAAAAUGUUAGCAGUGACAUUAGAAUGGGCAAUGUCUAAUUUGAUUAAUCAUCCCGAUGUGUUGAAGAAGGCUAGAGUAGAGUUGGACACUCAAAUUGAGCAAGAUAAAUGGAUAGACGAACAAGAUGUUCCCAAAUUACACUACCUCCAAUGUAUCAUCUCAAAGACAUCUCGAUUGUACGCCCCUGGCCCUUUAUUAGUACCUCAUUCGUCUUCUAAUGAUUGUACUAUCGAAGGAUAUGAUAUACCACGUGACACAAUGUUAUUGGUCAUUGCAUGGGUCAUACAUAGAGAUCCUAAGUUGUGGGAAGAUACUACUAGUUUUAAACUCGAGAGGUUUGAAAUUGGUGAGGUUGACCCACAUAAGUUAAUGCCUUUUGGAUUAAGGAGGAGGCCUUGUCCUGGGGCAGGCCUUGCCCAACAUACAAUGAGCUUGACUUUGGGGUUGUUGAUUCAAUGCUUUGAGUGGGAAAGGGUUACUAAAGAAAAAGUUGACAUGGCUGAAGGUGAUGGAAUCACCAUGCCAAAAGUCGUCCCAUUGGAAGCCAUGUGUAGAGCGUGCCCUCUCAUGCAUAAGGUUCUUUCCGAAUCUAUGCAUGAUGUUUGA